CGCCUCCGCAGCGCGCCCGCCGGAGCCCCCGCCUCGUACCCCGCCGUCAGGACGCGCCUCGCCCUUAAGGAGCAGCGGCUCUUCUCGCGCCGUAGCGGGACCCAAAGCCUUUCCUUGUAGGAGAAGUGCUCCAUCCCUCUAAUCAACUUGGUGGCCUCCUCUGGACUGACCGCAGCAGAUCUGUGUCCUUCCUGUGCUGGGGACCCUGGAGCUGGCCACAUCUUACCAUACUGUUACUGUAGUACCACUGGAGCGCUCUGGAAGUAUUCCAGGGCCCAUCUGGCUGCUGCACACAGAAAUAAUUCCAAAAGCAGAAAAGGCUGAGAGACAGCUAUAGAGAGAUGAAGAGGUUAUCUGUCCUGCCCCAGCAGUGUCUUUUGCUGAUGACAUGUCUCCUAAUGGCCUUGGAAGCUGUACCUAUAGACAUAGAUAAGACAAAAGUGAAAGCAGAAGGCCAUGUAGAAGGAGAGAAGGUAGAAAAUCCAGAUACAGGACUUUAUUAUGAUGAAUAUCUCCGGCAAGUUAUAGAUGUCUUGGAAACUGAUAAACAUUUCAGGGAGAAACUCCAGACUGCUGAUAUAGAGGAAAUAAAGAGUGGAAAGCUAAGCAGAGARCUUGACUUAGUAAGCCAUCAUGUGAGAACACGGCUGGAUGAACUAAAAAGACAAGAGGUAGCAAGAUUAAGAAUGUUAAUUAAAGCUAAAAUGGAUUCUGUUCAAGACACUGGUAUAGAUCAUCAGGCUCUUCUUAAGCAAUUUGAGCACCUGAACCAUCAGAAUCCUGACACCUUUGAACCUAAAGACUUGGAUAUGCUGAUCAAAGCAGCUACAAGUGACCUGGAAAACUAUGAUAAGACUCGCCAUGAGGAGUUUAAGAAAUAUGAGAUGAUGAAAGAACAYGAAAGGAGAGAGUAUUUAAAAACACUGGAUGAAGAAAAGAGGAAGCGAGAAGAAUCCAAAUUUGAGGAGAUGAAGAAAAAACAUGGAGAUCACCCUAAAGUUCACCAUCCUGGAAGCAAAGAUCAACUGAAAGAGGUGUGGGAAGAAGCAGAUGGACUAGAUCCUAAUGAAUUUGACCCCAAAACAUUUUUCAAAUUGCACGAUGUCAAUAAUGAUGGUUUCCUGGAUGAGCAAGAAUUAGAAGCUCUAUUUACUAAAGAGUUAGAAAAAGUUUAUGAUCCCAAGAAUGAAGAGGAUGACAUGGUUGAAAUGGAAGAAGAAAGGCUGCGAAUGAGAGAACAUGUAAUGAAUGAGGUUGACAUCAACAAAGACCGGCUAGUGACUUUGGAUGAGUUCCUGCGAGCUACAGAGAAAAAGGAAUUUUUGGAGCCAGAUAGCUGGGAGACACUGGAUCAACAGCAGCUGUUCACUGAGGAUGAGCUGAAGGAAUUUGAAAAUCACAUUUCCCAGCAGGAAGAUGAACUUAGAAAGAAGGCAGAAGAACUUCAGAAACAGAAGGAGGAGCUACAGAGGCAGCACGACCAGCUUCAGGCUCAGAAACAAGAGCUUCAGCAGGUUGUAAAACAGAUGGAACAAAAGAAACUACAACAAGGAAAUCCUCCUGCAGGACCAGGUGGAGAACUGAAAAUCCAACCCCCUGGUGAACACAAAGUUGGAGAUGCACCAAAACACCCAGCAGCAGGUGACCAGCCUUUGCCACCAGGACACGUCCAAGAACCAGCUGUCAGAACUGAUGGCAUUCACCCUUAACCACUUGUGCCUCAACUUUAUAGCAUCUUUAUUAUUUGGGGUGGGGAAGGGGUGGGAGGGGUGGGGGGACAGGAAAUCAGAGUGAAACAUGAACUCUCCACUUUCUUCUUCAGACUGUAAAAUCAUUGGGAAUGUUAGAGAUGAAGUAUCAGUCAGAUUUGAUUUAUAARUUAAAUGAAUUUUCUCUCCAAUGCAUCAGUAAGUAACACAAGGAGAUCAUGUAGAGGCUAUAAUAGAGGAGGAGAUUAAGGAAACCAUCUAUACUGAAGAUUUUUAUGGCCAGGGGUCUCUGAGCUAUUGAACUCUUCUCUUACAAAGAGGGAGGGGAUGUCUGCCAUASUGUGUUUAGGCAUGAAUCAGAAUGUUCUCAGAGAGGAAGCAGGGAACAGGCCUGAGUGUUAAGUUAGGUCUAGUUUGAUGUAGAAACUCUUUCCAGAAAUGCUGAAAAGCAAAAGAUAGGGAAACAAAGACCAUAGAUAAAGGCCUAUUUCCAGCACUACCMUUUCUUCUUUGAGACCAAAUAAAAAUCAAACUUAUUAAUCACAGAAAAUUUGCACUUUCUAAAAUUUAAACACAGCAAAGAAUUAUGUGGAACAGUGAGUAUUUUUCAUGUUUACAGAAACCUAAGAAUUUCACUGAAAGCCUUCAAAAGGAAUACUGUACUUGUUGUGUAUUGAUCUGAACCGUCCUCCUUGUUGAGAUUAAUUCUGUGUAGCAGUUGAAAGCUCAACUGGCCCUUGGGACAGUACUUUUGUCCCUGUUUCUUUCAUCAGAUGCCAGCUGAUCUCAAAAUUUUGCAUGUUAUUAAGUAAGCUUUUUAUGUUGAUGGAAAUAUUGUGCAAAACAGAACAAGACUCAUUGUCUUUUCUGUGCAGAUUAUCCUACCUCCUACAAUAAAACCAGAUUUUUCAAAUUGCA